AUGGUUCAACCUCCCGGCUUUGUUGAUCCUUCUCACCCACAGUUGGUCUGUAAACUUCAUAAGGCUUUGUAUGGCCUCAAACAGGCACCUCGAGCUUGGUAUUCUACAUUUUCUUCCUUUCUUCUCUCUCAAGGCUUUGUCAUGAGUCAAUGUGACCACUCGUUGUUUGUUCACAAAACUUCUUCCACAAUUACCUACUUGCUCAUUUAUGUUGAUGACAUACUUCUCACUGGAAAUGACUCUGUUUAUAUUCAAUCCUUGUUAACCCAUAUGCACCAGGCUUUCUCCCUGAAAGAGUUGGGUUCUCUUUCCUAUUUUUUGGGCAUUUCUGUUACCUCUUCUUCCCUUGGUUUCUUUCUUUCCCAGCAUAAAUAUGCUUCUGAACUCUUGGUCAAAGCUGGUAUGGUGGCUUGUAAACCUUGUGCCACCCCAGUUUCUAGCAAGCCUUCUUCUUCUGCUGCUGAUGUUCUUCCUUGCUCUAAUCCCUUUCUCUAUCGCAGUCUUGUUGGCGGUCUUCAAUAUUUGACUAUUACUCGGCCUGAAUUAGCCUAUGCUGUGAAUCAAGCUUGCCAAUUUAUGCAUUCUCCUUCUAAUGCCAAUUUUUCUGCUGUCAAGCGGAUUCUCCGCUAUGUUAAGGGUACCUUGUCUCAUGGCCUUACCUUUUCUCCUAGCUCCUUUCAGUUGCAGGCUUUCACAGAUUCCAAUUGGGCUGGUGAUCCUUUAGACCGGCGUUCUACUUCCGGCUAUUGCAUUUUUCUUGGGUCCAAUCUCAUCUCCUGGUCUUCUAAAAAGCAGGCUACUGUAUCUCGUUCGUCCACUGAAGCCGAAUAUCGGGCUUUAGCUCAUACUGCUGCUGAGGUCACUUGGUUGCAAAUGCUCUUAACUGAGUUUGCUAUUUCUCUUCCCUCUCCUCCUAUCAUUUGGUGUGAUAAUCAAUCUGCUCUUUCCCCCUUGCUACCAAUCCAGUUUUCCAUAGUUGAUCCAAACACAUCGAGGUCGAUUGCCAUUUUGUGCGAGAAAAGGUUGCUGCCCAUCAGUUAG